AUGCAGGGCAAAAUCUUCACUCACAAUGGACCCUAUGAAUCUAUUCCCGAAAAUGCCUCUCCGGGUCUUCGAUUUCUACACCGUUUCCUUCCAGCCGUGGACUCGGUGGAGCCAAGUCACGACCCCAUCGGUUCCUUCUUCACAUCCAAUGCAUCUAUCAUCAUCGGUAGCAAUCCUUCCAAACCAGUACAAUCGACCACGAACUAUGAAUCCAAAAGUCGUUACCUGACUCACUUUCACCGCGACGUUCAUAUGGCUUGGGACAUGGAGCUGCGUAAUACGAAUCCCAUUUCCUUGGAUCCAAAUAAUCCAACAGUCUGUCUCGAUGAAACUGCAAAAGACACCCAGGAUCUACAAUCUCCCUCGAUGAAACGCACCGUAAUGUUCGAGGCCACAUCCGAAACAGUCUUCAAAGACGACCCAGACCAAUUCCCCAUCAAAGUUCGCGAAUUCAAUAUUCUCGACCUCGAGGGAAACAGCGAUACAAAUCUACAGGUCAUUCAGAUGCGUAUUUUUCUUGAUGCAAAGCCUAUACAAGCCCGCGCCGCUUCGUUAACAAAGUCAUCGGCGUACGGUGAGUCGCAAACGGAGACUCAAGCCGACUAG